GCCGAUCUUUGGCCCCCUUUUCAAAUUAUCGUGAAAAAUAGUUUUUUCCUACAAGCCUUGCAUCGUUACGUGUGGUCUACAAAAGACGAACGGUUAUUGUCAUUAGCUUCUCGACAGAGAGAUACUAAUCUUCACGAAAAGACAUCUUCCUUUGUGAUUGAAUUACUCAAAAUCAUUUUAGAAAUGGCUAAGACAGAAGAAAAUAUGAGUAACAAAUCUAGAUGGAGUCUUGGAGGCAUGACCGCUCUUGUCACUGGUGGUACUAAAGGCAUCGGAAAAGCUGUGGUGGAAGAACUAGCUAUGUUAGGAGCAAGAGUUCACACAUGUGCCAGGGAUGAAACUCUCCUUCAAGAACGCUUACGUGAAUGGCAAGCAAAAGGGUUUCAGGUCACCACUUCUGUUUGCGACGUUUCUUCUCGUGACCAGCGAGUGAAACUCAUGGAGACUGUUUCAUCUCUCUUCCAAGGAAAACUCAAUAUCCUCGUACCCAACGUUGGUACAGGUGUAGUAAAGCCGACCACAGAGUGUACAGCAGAAGAAUUUUCAUUUAUAAUGGCUACAAAUCUGGAGUCAACUUUUCAUCUCUCACAGCUCGCACACCCUUUGUUGAAAGCCUCUGGUGCAGGGAGUAUUGUGUUCAUGUCUUCCGUUUCUGGGGUUGUGAACUUGGGUGGUACAUCCAUUUAUGGAGCAACCAAAGGAGCAAUGAAUCAGCUGGCGAGAAAUUUGGCAUGUGAGUGGGCGUGCGAUAACAUAAGGACCAACUCUGUUUGUCCAUGGUUCAUCACAACUCCGGCAGCUAAAGAUUUUCUCAGUGGUGAAGGUGUAAAAGAAAAGGUGGAGAGCGUGACACCAUUGAAGCGUGUUGGAGAGGCUAAUGAAGUAUCAUCGCUUGUUGCAUUUCUUUGUCUUCCUGCAGCUUCUUACAUAACAGGUCAAACCAUUUGCGUUGAUGGAGGUUUCACUAUUAACGGCUUCUCUAUGCCUUAAUUAAGACGUAUAUAUGCAUGUUGCAUGCCUAAAUAUGUGUGAUUUGUGGUCUAGUUAAGUGCCACUAUUUAUGGAUAAUAUUCUUAAUAAUUUUAAUCUAUGCAAGCUAUAUACAUUUAAGUUAUGUUGAUGGAGCUCACUCCUUCGUUCAUGCCUUGUAAUGCUUGGAAGGAAUCCAAACUCUAAUCUUAUCGAAUAAGAAUUUGGUCGUGUUCGUAUUC